AUGGCCACCGGUGAGAGGCGAUCAAAUCUCAGGUUGUUCAGGACGUCAUUGAUUCUGGAUCAAGGCGAAACACGCACGACUCGCCAUGGAGACUGUCUCAGACUGUGUAUUUACAACGCGAGAACAGUUUCCACGAACGCUGACCUGCAUGCCCUUCUCGGAGCUGCAGAGCGUAUCAAAUUUCACGUGAUUGCUCUGCAGGAGACCAAGUGCAGAAGGAGCGACGUACGACAGAUGAAUGACGGUACACUCGUCAUUCGUGGAGAGAACGUUCCGUCGCGAAAUGUAGGCGGUGUUGGUUUUGUUGUGCAUCCAUCUGUCGUCCAUCUCGUCGAUUCUCACGAGAUCCUGUCACCUCCAGCUGAUGAUUCCGAAUUGGACGCGUUUUACGAGGAGCUGGAGGAAGUAGUCGGCAACGAGAAGUCCUUCUACAAAUUCGUUGUCGGAGACUUAAACGCAAAACUAGGAAAGGCCACACAAGAGGAAUGCAGGAUUGGAAGAUUUGGACUAGGGGACCGGAAUGAAAAUGGUAAUCGUCUCGCCGGGCUGUUGUCCGCCGCUCGCCUCUUUCAUGGGAACUCUCUUUUCAUGAAAAAAGAUCAUGGUCAGUGGACAUGGGAAUCCCCCAAUGGCGCGACUCUUGCGGAGAUCGACCACAUACUCACCAACCGGAGGUCGUGUCUACUUGACGUCUCAGUAGUACCAUCUUUUUGUAGUGGUUCUGAUCAGCGUCUCCUUCGUGCGAAAAUACGACUUAACCACACGAUGGAAAAGAGCAUCUGCUAUCGGCAACGAAGGAGAAAAGAAGUCGUCUACGACGAUUGCGUACUCGAGGACUCCUCAUCCGAAGGUGACUGGCACAUCGAGGAGGACCCAAACGUGGACUACGAGAUGCUGCUCAGAGGAUUACGAGCCUGUGCUGAACGUGCCUCGAAGCCGCGCACGACAAACUUGGAUCGAAUUUCGAAGACCAAGGAAUUGUUGGAAAGAAGAAGGGCUUUGAGGCUUUAUCCGAAUGCAUCUCACCUUGAGCGGUUAUCAGACUAG